AGACUGGUGGUUGAGCCAUCUCUCCUUUUUCAUUUUUUCUCUUUUGGCUUUUCUCAAAGUUUUCCAGGUGAGGAACAGAGCUCUUCUCUGUUUUUGUUUUUUCUAAUUUUGUUUUGGCUGUACAUGCAUAUCUGAUUACAACUUGUUUUUGAGGUAUUCAGAUAUUUUUUCUCAUUUGUGUUGCUUUAGCACAUUGUUGAAUUCAUCUGAAUUAUUGGUAAAUGGGAUCCGAAGGGCCUCCCACGGUAACAAUCCAUGUGACGGGUUUUAAGAAAUUCCAUGGAGUUUCAGAGAAUCCAACCGAGACGAUUGUUAGUAAUCUUAAAGAUUUUAUGAAGAAAAAGGGUUUUCCCAAAGGGCUGAUCCUUGGAAGUUGCAGCAUUCUUGAGACUGCAGGACAAGGUGCCCUUGUCCCUUUAUAUCAGACAUUGCAAUCUGCUGUGAGCACGAAGGAUUCUGAAUCAUCAAAUUCCGGGGGAGUUAUUUGGGUCAGUUGCUCACUUGUCAAUUAAACUAAUAUUGUUUUA